AUGAGCACGAUGGCGGAUCUGCUUCUCAAGAUCACGCAGCUGAUCGAACUCUUGGGAAUUCGCCACUGCGUCUUCCUCAUGGGCAACCCAGGGAGCUUCAAGUCGGCGAUGUGGAAGAUUCUCAAGCAGGCAAAGACCAAGCGUGGGGAGAAGACCACCACUGUAGAUUUCAGUCCAAAGGCAAUCAGCACUAACGAACUGUACGGAUUCGUCAACAUGGCGACUCGUGAGUGGAAGGACGGCAUCAUAUCCAAGGUGAUGCGGGAGCUGGGACAGGUACCUGAUACGCAUCCGAAGUGGAUCAUGCUUGACGGUGACCUGGAUGCCAAUUGGAUUGAGUCGAUGAAUAGCGUCAUGGACGACAACAGGCUGCUCACGCUGCCUUCCAACGAGCGAAUCCCGCUGAAGGUGCAUAUGAAGAUGAUAUUCGAGAUCCGCGACCUCAACUACGCGACGCCCGCAACUGCCACGAGGGCGGGUAUCGUGUGCAUGAGCGACGUCGAAGGGGUACAGUGGCGGUCUUACGUGACGAGCUGGAUCAAGAAGCAGGAGUAUCCAGAUCAGGUGAAAGAUGCGAUUCAGAAGCUUUUCGACAAGUACGGGAAGGAAACGCUGCUGUGGAUCCUAAAGAAUACCAAGAUUCAGGUCCCAAUGGUCGACAUCAACAUGAUGUCUGCCUGCUGCAGCUUCUUACAGAACCUCAUCACGCCGGACAAAUACGAAGUGCUCGAAUAUUGGUUCAUUUUCUGCUUCACGUCCUCUAUAGGGUUUUGCCUGUCUGAAGUGGACGGCGUCGACUACAGAAAGGCAUUUAGCAAUUGGUGGAAAGGCGAGAUGAAGACGAUCAAGUACCCGUCAAAGGGCACAAUUUUCGACUACUUCGUGAAGGAUGCGAAGCUUGAGGAAUGGAUGACCGCCGUGGAGGAGAUCGAGUACAGCAGCGAAACGCCCAUGGGCGAGGUCACGGUACCUACCGGCGAGACGGUGGCCAUGACCUACUUGAUGAAGGCACUCAUCAACACGUAUCACCCGAUAAUGCUCAUCGGUCUCGCUGGCUGCGGAAAGACGCAGUCCUGUUUGGGGCUUCUCAGAACCCUGCCGCCCAACGAGUUCAUGUUUUACUCCAUGAACAUGAGUUACUACACGGACUCCACACUGUUGCAGACAUUGAUGGAAAACCCUCUGGAGAAAAAGGCAGGGAAACUCUACGCGCCUCCUGGCAAGCUCAAUAUGAUUUACUUUGUCGACGAUCUUAACAUGCCCGCUUUGGACAAGUACAACACGCAGAGCGCGAUCGAGCUGAUGAAGCAGAAGCAGGACUACGCUCACUGGUGGGACCGAGCCAAGAUCCAGGUGAAGGACAUCGGCAACACGCAGUACAUGUGCUGCAUGAACCCGACGGCGGGCUCGUUCAUCGUCAACCCGCGACUCCAGCGCCACUUCUGGACUUGCUCGGUGCCCUUCCCAGAGCAGGCCGCCCUGCGUACCAUCUACUCGACUUUCAUGAAGGGCCACUUCGAGCGUCUCCCUUUCAAGUCGUCGGUCUCGGAUUGCCUAUCGAAUAUCAUCGUGGCGGCACUGCAGCUGCACACCAAUGUGGUGGCGUCUUUCCGGAAGACGGCCGCCAACUUCCACUACGAGUUCAACAUUCGGCAUAUGAGCGGCGUCUUCAACGGCCUCCUCGCGGCCAAACCGUCCGAAUUCGACAAGGACGAGAAGUUGACCAAGCUGUGGCUGCACGAGAGCGAGCGUGUCUACGGCGACCGACUGGUGUCCGUAUCGGACCUCAAGAAGUACCGUGCGCUCGCCGCAGACCUCUCCAAGCGCAUGUUCGGAAAGUUUAAUUUCUCGAAGUAUUUCCAAGAGAAGAACCCAGACCCUUUAGUUUUCGCGCAUUUCUCCAAGGGCAUCAGUGAAAUGGACGGGGGUGGCACCUACGACCAGAUCAACGGCUUCGACAGGCUGAGCGAGCUGCUCAUGGCGGCCCUUGGCGAGUACAAUGAAAACAACGCGGCCAUGGAUCUCGUACUGUUCGGCGACGCCCUCUGCCACGUGGGCAAGAUCUGCCGCAUCAUCAUGAGCACGCCCGGGCACCCGCUGCUCGUCGGGGUCGGAGGCAGCGGCCGGCAGAGCCUCUCUCGGCUCUCUGCGUAUACGUGCCAGUACAUAACGAUGAUGAUUGUCAUCAGCGGCAACUACGGCCUCAACGACCUCAGGACUGACCUCCAGGCAAUGUACAACAAGGCUGGCGUGAAGGACGAGGGCGUGAUGUUCUUGUUCACUGACGGGCAGAUCACGAACGAAAAAUUCCUUGUCUUCAUCAACGAUCUGUUAGCCUCAGGAGACAUCGCCGACCUGUACGCCAGCGACGAGAAGGACGCCAUCCGCAACGCGGUGCGCAGCGGCUGCAAAGCUGCUGGCGUCACGGAUACGCCAGAAAAUCUCUGGUCGUUUUUCAUCGGCAGGAUCCGCAAGAAUCUCCACAUGUCGCUCUGCUUCAGCCCCGUCGGCGACGACAUGCGCAACAGAGCGCGCAAGUUUCCCGCGCUGGUGAACUGUACAGUUAUCGACUGGUUCCAGCCGUGGCCGAUGGAUGCGCUCUUCAACGUGGGCCAGAAGAUCCUGGGCCCGAUUGAGCAACUGGGGCCUGAAGACAGCCCCGUGAGAGCAGGGAUCGUGGAGUUCUUGCCGUUUAGUUUCGAGUGCUCUGAUGGGGAGGCUGGGAAUUUCAUGGAGAACGAGAGGCGGUUCGCCUACACCACUCCUAAGAGUUUCUUGGAGCUCAUUAAGCUGUACACUACCAUGGUAGGACAGAAGGUCGACGCUCUGGAGGAUCAGAAGGACCGCCUGACCAACGGUCUAGAGAAGUUGCGCAAGACACAGACCGACGUAGCAGGUCUAGAGGAGGAGCUGAAGGUGAAGGCGGUCGUGGUGGCGGAGAAGGCCCAGGCGGCCGACAUCUUCGCCGAGGAGGUGGGCAGGGAGAAGGCCAAUGUGCAGGCCGAGUCCGAGAAAGCUGGCGUGGAGGAGAGGGACUGCGCCAAGAUCGCCAAGGAUGUGUCUCAGCAGCAAUCCUCCUGCGAGGAGGACCUGGCCAAGGCUGUACCGCUCGUCAAGGAGGCAGAGGCUGCCCUGGACAUCCUCGACAAGAAGGAGUUCCAGGUCUUGAAGACCUUCACUUCGCCCCCUGGUGGUGUUGGGGAGGUCUGCGAGGCCGCGAUGCACCUGCAGGCCGGCAUCGACCCAAACAUCGAGGUUGACAAGAAGGGUAAUAUCAAGGAUGGGUCGUGGAAGUCUGCAGUGAAGAUGAUGGGCAAUCCAGAGAAAUUCCUGCAGAACUUGAAGGAAUAUAAGAACAGCAUCGAUGAGGGCAAGGUGCCCCAGACGAAUAUCGAGAAGGCAAGGAAGAUCCAGGUCGCCAUGGGCGAAGCGUUCACUUACGAGAAGAUGAUGACAAAAUCAAGCGCGGCAGCAGGCCUAUGCGCCUUCAUUAUCAACAUCAUCAUGUACUACGACGUGGUGAUCCAGGUGGAGCCGAAGCGCCAGGCUUUGCGCGAAGCGACCGAGACGCUGAACAAUGCCAACACGAGGCUCGCCGAGGUCAAGGCCUUGGUAGCAGAGCUGGAGGCCAAGUUGGCGAAGCUGAUGGCCGAGUUCGACAAGGCCAUGGCCGAGAAGAACGCUGUGAUGGCCGAAGCCCAGAAGUGUCAGACCAAGCUGGACAUGGCGCAGCGCCUCGUAGGCGCUCUAAGCGCCAACGGGAUCAUCUGGGAGCAGACAGUCAACACCACGGCCGAGAUGUUGGUGUUCAUCCCCGGUGACACGUUGGUUGCAUGUUCCUUUGCGUCUUACGUCGGCGUCUUCACGCGCGUUUACCGCGAGUCCUGCGUUCAGAAGUACGUCGAUUUCCUGCGCUCGAAGGGCGUGCCCCUGGGCCCAAAGCCAGAUCCUCUCAGCAUCCUGGCGACGGACGCCCAAAUGGCCGGCUGGGCCUCCCAGGGCCUCCCGUCCGAUCGUGUUUCCUGUGAGAACGGCUCCAUUGUCACGAACUCACAGCGGUGGUGCCUCAUGAUCGACCCGCAGCUGCAAGGAAUCGUGUGGAUCAAGAAGAAGGAGGAGGACAACCAGCUGCAGAUCACCCGCAUGGGCCACUCGAAGAUAGUCAACACAUUCGAGGUGGCUCUCGACCAGGGCAAGUCAGUUCUGAUCGAGAACAUGGGCGAGACGAUCGACGCAGUACUGAUGCCCAUUGUCUCCCGGAACACAAUCAAGCGUGGAAACAAGAAGGUCGUGAAACUGGGUGAUAAGGAGAUCAUUUUGAAGGACCAGUUCAAGCUCUUCAUGCAGACGAAACUGUCCAACCCACACUACCCGCCAGAGAUUCAGGCCGAGACCACGGUGAUCAACUUCACCGUCACCGAGGACGGCUUGGAGGACCAGGUCUUGUUCUUGGUCGUCAAGCUGGAGCGGCCCGAUUUGGCUAAGAAAAAAACCGCGCUGAUCCAGCAGCAGAACGAAUUUAAGGUGGCGCUGGCCAACCUUGAGGCGCUUCUGCUCGACAAGCUCGCCAAAGCCGAGGGUGACAUCUUGGACGACACGGAACUUAUUCUCAGCUUAGAGGAGGCAAAGAAGACUUCGGAUGAAGUCAAGGAGAAGGUCGUCAUUGCGGUGGAUACCGAGGCCAAGAUCAACGAGACCUCCGAGUUUUACCGCCCUAGCGGCAUCCGGGGCUCCCUUCUGUUCUUCCUGCUCUGCGACCUGUGCAAGAUGCAUACGUUCUACAAGUAUUCGCUUGACUCCUUUGUGAUGGUGCUCACGCGCGCGGUGAACGGAAUCACAUUGCGGAAGCCGAAGGUGAUAGAGCCUCCGAAGGAGGAGAAGGAGAAGGCUGAGGGCGAAGAGGACGAGGGAGCCGAGGAGGAGGAGGAAGAGGAGGAAGAGGAGGAAGAAAAGGGCGAAGACGAAGAAGAGGAGGAGGAGAUCAUCGACCUUUCUGGCAAGGAGCUAAAGGAUCGUGUGCAGCUCCUGGAGCGUACCAUCACCUACGCAGUGUUCGCCUUCACGCGCCGAGGCCUCCUCGAUGUUGACAAGAUCAUCGUGUCUACGAUGGUGGCGAUGAGGAUCCUGGUGAGGGGAAAGAAGAUCACUCCAGAGGAGUCCAUGAUGCUCAUCCGCGCGCCGCCCGAUCCCAACGCGGGGGCCAUGCCGGACAACGCCAAGACCUGGCUCUCGGAGACGCAGUGGGCUCAGCUGAAGUCGCUCGAGGGCAUGGAGGCGUUCAAGAAGGGGGGCAAGCUCACGGAGUCGGUGGAGCAGGACUCCCUGGGCUGGAAGCGCUGGUUCGGCGAGGAGCGCCCCGAGACCGCCGACCUGCCGAGGAGCGCCCGCGACCUCUCGCCGUUCCACAGGCUCUUCCUCCUCCGGACGUUGCGCCAGGACAGGAUCGCGGAGGCGCUGAAGCAAUUCAUCAUCGAUAACCUGGGGCAGGACUACGUCGAGCAGGCGCCCUUCGACCUGGAGUCCGCGCUGGAGGAGUCUAGCUGCAUCACGCCUUUCUUCUUCGUGCUGUUCCCCGGCGUCGAUCCCACGCCUACUAUCGAGGCAGUCGGCAAGAAGUUGGGAAAGACAGAGGCCAAUGGCAUGCUCGUCAACAUCUCCAUGGGGCAGGGACAGGAGCAGAUCGCCCUCAACGCAUUGACCAAGGGCGCCAAGGAGGGCGGCUGGAUCAUGCUGCAGAACAUCCACCUCAUGCAGGACUGGUUGAAGCAGCUGGAGCGUGCGCUGGAGGUCAUCGAAGAGUUCUCGCAUGAAUCUUUCCGCUGCUUCCUGACCUCGGAGCCGCCUUCAGCGCUGCAAGGCCGUCUGUGGGAAUUGAUCCCCGAGCCAAUCUUGCAACGGUGCAUCAAGGUUGCAGACGAAGCACCGGCAGAUCUGAAGUCCAAUCUGCGCAGGGCAUACUCGAAGUUUAGCCAGGAGAGCGUCGACGCAUGCCUGAAGCCUAAGGAAUUCAAGGCCACGCUGUUCGCACUGUGCUUCUUCCACUCGCUCAUCUCCGGCCGCAUCAAAUUCGGGGCGCAGGGCUGGUCCAAGAAGUAUCCGUUCAACGACGGCGAUCUCACGAUUUGUGGCCAGGUGCUCAGGAAUUAUCUGAACAAUUCCGAGCACCUGGGCACGGACGUGCCAUGGCCAGAUCUGCGCUACAUCUUCGGCGAGAUCAUGUACGGAGGCCACAUUACUGACCCCUGGGACCGCCGCGUCAACAAUACAUACCUAGAUGUCCUGGUCACCCCAGAGCUGCUGGCAGGCGUCAACCUGUGUCCGAAUUUCAAGUCUCCAGACGCAUCCAAGCUGGAGUACCAGCAGUACGCCAAGUACAUCGAGGAGCGAUUCCCACCCGAGGUACCCAUGAUGUACUGGCUGCAUCCCAAUGCAGAGAUCGGUUUCCUGACCAACCAGGGCAUCGGCAUCUUCGAAACCAUCUCGUCCAUUGCUGGAGGCGGUGGCGGCUCAGGCGCUGGAGACAUCUCCGCGGCGGGGGUUAUGAUCACCACUUACAUGGGCCAGUUGCCCAGCAACCUGGACAUGAUCGACAUUCGAGGCAAGCUGAAGCCCGAGGACUUCACGCCGUUCGUCAUCGUGGCCCUCCAAGAGGCAGACCGCAUGAACCUGUUGCUAAGUCACAUGCGCUUUUCGAUGAUCGACCUUGAGAAGGGAAUCGGCGGCCUGCAGAACAUCACGGAACACAUGGAGUCCCUGGCUUCGGAUCUGCAAGCGAACAAAGUGAACGCGUUGUGGGCGGAGAAGGCGUACCCUUCGUUGAAGGCGUUGUCCGCGUGGUUCGCCGAUUUGCUCGAGCGCGUCAACCAGGUGGUAGAAUGGACCGCGAAGAUCUCACUUCUGAAGUCGAUCUGGCUGGGCGGCCUCUUCAACUCCAUGUCGUUCCUCACCUCGAACAUGCAGGUGGCCGCGCGCGCUAAUAGCCUGCCCCUGGACUUCAUGAGGAACCGGUGCCGCUUCUACAAUACGCGCGACUUGGCCGACAUCACGGGCGUCCCCCCGCAAGGCGUGAACGUCCACGGCUUGUUCAUGGAGGGGGCCGGUUGGGAAGAUGGUAAGGGCGAAGACGAGGGAUAUAUCACGGAGAGCAAGAUGAAGGAUUUGCACCCGUUGAUGCCCAUCUGCAACGUCUUCGCGGUGCACAUCGAUGAGAUGAGCUGGGCCGCGAUGUACCACUGCCCGCUGUUCUCUACCACCCUGCGCGGGGCCACCUUCAUCACCCAGACGAAUGUCCGCAUGGACCCAGACGACACAGAGACCCGCUGGAUCCUGGCUGGCGCUGCGCUGCUCACACAGGACGACUGA